GUAAUGGUACUUUUUUCUUGUAAAGAUGCUACAUGCAGGAUUGCCUGAGCUGAACAGAAUUCAGGAUCUGAAAUAUGUGUAUGAUAACCUCCGUCCUCAGGACUCAGACCUCCAAGCUACAAGCUACUUUACCAGGAAAAUAAAGGAAAGUUUGGAGUGCUUUCCUGUCAGGCUCAAUAACUUGAUCCACACGCUUGCACACAUGUCACUGACAGGCUCUGCAAAGCUUCCAUCUCAAGAGACUGUCCCUCAAGAAUGGAUGAUGCUGAAUGUAGAGAAGUCAAUUGCAAGAGCCACCAUUUUGGGAUUCAACAAAAAGUCUGACUAUCUAUAUCUAGUCCAGGUGGUACAAACCUGCAAUGUGGUCACUUUUGUGGAGAAAUCAUUUGACCAGUUCUCAGAACUUCACAGCAAUCUCCAGAAGCAGUUUCCAUCACAUGCACUUCCAGAGUUUCCCCACUCAUGGUAUAUAGCUUUUAUAGAUCUUGAACAUAAGAGAGUGAAGGAUUUGAACCUCUACCUGAAGCAGCUAUUAAGUGGAUCCAGAAAACUGGCAAACAAUGAGCUUGUACUCAGCUUCUUCCUGAAUUGGUCCAAACAUACAUUGGCAGAAAAAGCAUCAUCUGUGACAUCAGGUCCUCAGUCAAAUGAUGGUACACCUGGAGUACAGUUAGUCAUAUCCUACGAGGACACUCGUCUGACAGUGAUGUUGAAACACAUGAGGAACAUUCGCCUCCCAGAUGGCUCUGCCCCAAGUGCACAUGCUGAGUUUUAUCUUCUGCCGGAUCCUGAUGAGGUCAAUCAGAGGAAAACAAGAACAGUUCCCAAAACCACCAACCCUACUUACAAUGAAAUUGUUGUGUACAACAAAGUUAUGCAACUUGAAGGCCAUAUACUGAAGCUUGUUGUGAAAAGCAAAGGAACAUUUGUGGGAGCUGUUAACAUUCAACUGAGUAGAGUCCGGUUAAAUGAAGAAAAAUGGUAGAAAAGUGGUCAACAGAGGGAUAAUAACUCCAGAAGCUGAAGAUAAUUGCCUUCUUCUCCCAGAGGACACUCACAUAUCAGACUUCAGAAGGUAAUGUUGUAUAAAGCUCCUGAAGUGGGACUAGGAGUGCUGUUUAGGAAUCUAAAUAAGCUGGAGUUUUCCUCAGCGUCAAACCAAUUGGCCAUGUCACUUGAUCAGUUUGUGUCUGAGAAUAGAUACACCAGAUUGCCUUGUGAAAUUAAAUUCCUCCUCAGUAAAGGGAGGUAGGGGGAACUCUGCUUGAAUAUUGAGUAUUAUUAUUAUUAGAAUUCUGAAGAAAGCUAUAAAAUAUUUAUCACAGGAAAAGAUAUUGGCUAGCAUACAGAUAUGAUCACUACAAAGUUCAGUAAGUCUAACAUUUUAGAUCAUAGGAUUUCCUGAGUAAAGAAUCAAGUGACUUGUCACUCAAGAACAGAAAACACAUUGUGUCCGGCUUACAAUGUUAUCAAAUUACGUGACCUUACAGUUCAAUAUUGAUUUUAGAUUCUUAGUCUGCUCCCUUGGUUUCCUUCUUACAACUGUAAUGCUUUUUCUAACAGUGUUAUUUUCAGUGACAUUUUCUAAUCAUUGAUUAUAGCAUACUCUGAUUUUCCAUCUUAGAGCAACAUUAAAUAAAAUAGUAUUAAAAUGGCUUUAAAUAACAGAAGCAUUAAAAAUAGAAUAUUAUUAGAACUGUCUGCAAACAGCAUUAAAAAUAGAAUGUUAUCAGAACUGUCUGCAAACGUCAGCAAUUCUGUUGGUAUUAAAGAAAGAAAAUUGUCAAUAAAACAUCCUUAAAAAAAAUGCACAUUUGAGUAACAGAUCUGCAAUUAGUGUAGAUAAAGUCCUUUGGAAGCUCAGCAAUGCUUCAGUUUUGUAAGGAAGUUGGGAAAACUAUGAUUUAUGGAUGAGAUUGGCACUGAUAGCUCUAGUAGGCAAAAAAAUGCCCUCAGAGAACUCAAAUCAUACAAUCAACACUUACCUUCCCUAAACUUCUUCAAAUCCAUCUCAAAGCAUUGUGCUUCCUAUUUCCCAAAUUCACAGUCAGUAAGAGGUAUCCUGAGCUUCCUGCUGCUAUGAGGAACAUAGCCCUUUACAAAUCAGUCUGUGAAUUAUUUGUCUUUCUUUAGCAGCAGGAGGUUCAGGAUUAGGCUGAGAAAAGGUACCAAUAUUAGCAUCUUAAGUUUUUAUCAUUUUAAGAGCUACUUUUUCUCAGAACUGUUUUUCUAGGUGGCAAGAUUGCAGUAGACAUUAAAGGGAUAUAGCUCAAGCAGAAACUGCCAUUGCUAUACGUUAAAAGAGACUUUAAACUGAAUGUGUCAUUUUUUCUGUUCCCUUGAAAAUAUGAUUGCUCUUUGUCAACACAAAUAAAAAUUUGCAUGUUAACAAGUUUACAAUUUUGUAGUAUAAAAUCAUAAAUAUUAAAUUUUUAUCUUCAGUAAUUAAUCAUAAUUUUGCAAUUAGCUGCAAAGGAAAUUAUUAAUUGAAUUCAACAUAACGUCCAAAACAGUUCACUCUGUAUGAAUUACUGGUGGGGCUAGCU